AUGGAUUCGAGAGACGCCGGAGAAACUCAUCAUCAGGUCAAGUACAAAGGUAUCCGUCGCCGGAAAUGGGGAAAAUGGGUAUCGGAGAUUAGGGUUCCGGGAACUCGUGAACGACUCUGGUUAGGAUCUUUCUCCACCGCCGAAGGCGCCGCCGUAGCACACGACGUUGCCUUUUACUGCUUGCACCGACCAUUGUCCCUCGAGGACGAAGCUUUUAACUUCCCUCACUUGCUCUCACCUUCUCUCGCCUCCAACACAUCUCCUAAGUCCAUCCAAAAAGCUGCCUCCGACGCCGGCAUGGCCGUCGACGCCGGAUUCGCCGUAAACAACGACGGAAGAAGUGGUGGCGGCGAAGAUAGAUCGUCCACGACGUACAGGGAGGAAGACAGAGAACGGGAAACGAUGAGCAUCUCCGUGUACGAUUAUCUAGAUGACGAUCGCGUUUGAUCUACGUACGUUUUGUUUUGUUAUACGAACACCUUAUUUUAGCAAUUAAUA